GUCAGAAGUGUCAAAAACAGCAGGAAUAAUUCUAUUUUGAUUUGUUUUUAUCAAAUCUAUUAACGCAUUUACUUAUUUUAAUAAUGAAUAACGAAAACGUGUGUUUAACUUGUGGUAAAAAAUUUUCUUGUCAAUCGAAUGUUAAUAAACACGUGAAACUAGUACAUAAAGAACCUCAUCGACAAAUCAUCGGUUACGAUUUAAACGAAAAUAGUACGUACCAAUGUCUCGAAGGCUGUGAAAUAUCAUUUAAAUACAACCAAGACUUGAUAUACCAUUUAAAAGUCGUACACGGCAUCGAUAUGGAGUUCGUAGAAUUAAUAUUUUCUACUUUCGAAGAAUUUAAGACGUGGUUAGAAACCGAAGAAAUUAUGUACGGUGUACAAUACGCGAGGUUAACAGGUUGGAAGAAAUCUUUCAAACACGAAAAGUUGUAUUACGACUGUGCUAGAAGUGGAAAACAACAGACUAACAAGGACAAACCGAAAAUUAGGAGGGGUCGUAAAUCUUUCAAGUUGAAUCGAAAUUGUACGAGUAAAAUAAUUAUUACGAAACAUUUAAAUCCUGAUUUGUAUCAUGUUGGAUAUUAUCGGACGCAUUAUGGACACAGCUUGGAUGAUACGAAUAAAAGAAUUCCUAAACAACAGAGGGAGGAAGUAGUUAGGAGUCUUAAGAGGGGAUUGUCACCUACGAGAAUACUCGAAUUAGAAGCCGAACGCGAUAGUCUACACAGAAAAAAAUUAAAAAGGCGAGACAUCAACAAUAUUAAACGAUCUUUGAAACAACAAAUACCGGCGACAGAAGAAACUCCUCGAAUCAACGACGUCAUCCUAUUAGUCGAAGAAGUAAAUUCUGCGAAUGAACGAGAAUCUUUAUUAAAAGAAAUCGAAUCAACGGCGCUUCAAAUUGUUACUAGUUCCGAGGGGUACGAUAACGGAUCGUUGGUGUUGUUAUUGGAAAAUUUGAAAUCUGUAGCUGCUACAGUACCGCCUAUAGAUACUGACGUAGCAGGGGGAGACAUGGAUGCAGCUGCAGAUUUGAAAUUACUCGGAAUACAAUGACCGAAAAGUGAAAAGUUCAAAUUAGGAUGCUACUAAUAAAAUUAUUUGAAAAUUU